AUGAUGUUGGUGUACGGCGACAACUAUAGACCGAUUUGGGUGAUGGAAUACGAAGCCGACGAAGCAGAGGGAGGAAGAAGAAGAUACGACAGUGGCAAGAUGAGGGAUACAGAGGGAGGUAAUUCACAAUUGUUUAAACAUGGUACCACUGAUUGUGAAUCUCAAGAUAACAUAUUUAUAAAGGAUGCCAUAUCUCAGACUGAUGAUGUUGUAACACCAAUGAAUGUUUUCAAAUCGACAGCCACAAGCCCAAAAAAGAAUUUGGAUGCAACGAAAGGUUUGAAGCGAGCUCUUGAGGAUGAUUUUGUUUUCGAUGUCAACGACAACAUGUUGUCAUCAAAGACUACAAAAGUUGUAGGAGGGGAAGCUGGACAACAAAAAAUUGUCAAGGUUAAGUUGGAAAAAUGA